GAAUGGCAAGAUACAGAAAUCCAAUUACAACUUAUAGGCAAAGGAAUAUCGAAAAGAAUACGCCGACAAUUAUUAAGCAAAGAACAUAUGUUACAAGAAUUUGCAAGAGCACAAGAAAUAGCGGACGGUCGAGCUACAAGAAUCGAAAGACGAGUCAAGAUCCCGAAGCCAGAAAUCGAUGAAGUAUACGAAACAAGGGUAACAACAAAAACUAAAAAAGUACAAAGAAAUGUUUCUUCUGUGGCGGCAAAUUUCCACACCAAGGUGGAAGGACAAAGUGCCGGGCAUGGGGCAAGGAAUUUAAAAUUUGCAACAAACCCAACCACUUCGCCAAAUGUUGUACAGGGUCAAGUAAUCAAAAGAAAAUAA